GGACACACUUCCUGCCUCCGCGAAGCGCCUCCGCCGCGCACCUGGGCCGAGGCCCCGCCCUGGGAGCUGGGCGGGCACUGCGGCCGGCCUCUGGCCCUCCGUCCGCGGACUGCGAGAGCAGCGCUCGGCCUAGUCCGGGAAGUCUGCAGAGGAAGACAGAGGCCUCUGCUCUGGGGCGGGUGGAAGAGGAGACUGGGCUGUGCAGUCCUGAAACAUCCCAGAUCAGCAGAGUUGGUCACAAUGGGCCAUGAUCACCGCAUCCCAUGGGGUUUCUGCAAGAGGCAACAUCAUUGCGUGGCAAGAGUCAGGAGUUGGAUUAUUCUGGGUUCCUGCUCCCCUUAAUACCAACUUAAUAACAACAAUAGCACCAAUAAACAAGUGACUUUUAGGGAACAUCUCCACGAUCCAUGCUAACCCCCUUACUUGCAUAGUAUUAUUUAGUCCUUACACCUGAGGAUAACACCUCAGGUGUUAUCAUUCCCAUUUUACAGGUGAGGAAACUGAGACUUAGGACGGGGAAAUUAUUUGCUCAGGCAGUUGGCCCAAAUGGUGUGACUUUGGGCAAGACACUUCCUUCUCUAAGUCUCGUCUGUGGAGAUAAUAGUACCUCUCUCCAACUGGGAGAAUUAAAAAAGAUAAUGGAUGCAAAAUGAGUUAAAGGAUACAGGAAGAGAUCACUGGGGUAAGGAUUGGUAAGUGGGAGGAGUUCAGUACUGCCUAGCCCUUUUCCCUCCAGGUGUACCAAAGAUACACAACCUCCUAAGCCUAGAUGGAGAUACUGCCAAUUAGGACAGUAUCUUUGUCUGCCCUGUUUGAGUUGCCUAGUCCUCUCCUUGCCCAACCAGGGUGGGACACUCCUUGGAAGCUAAUUCCCAUGGCAACUGGGGGGUUUCCUUCCCUAUCUCACCUCUCAGGACACCAUUGUCUCAUUCCACAGGUGCCCUGCCAUGUGCACAGAGUAGAUGCUCAAUUUCCACCAGAGACCCUCCUUGGCAGUCCCUCCCACCAGAUCUUGUUCACAUUCUCACCUGGGGCAAGUGGCCAUUGUACCUUCAUUUGGAGCUCAGAAAAUAUAAUUUCCUGGAAUUCUGAAUGGCAUAAAUGGAAUGGAACCACCUGAAAGGGAACCCCAUGGGAAUAGAAUGGUGGAGGAUGAACAGAAUUGGAACAUGGAAGUUGAGGCUGUCUUGGCUCUUCUGAUUGGUCAGUCUGUCUAUAUUUGUCAAACAGUGGGCCAAUGACCAUUCAGAGUUGCCUCUCCCCUUUCCUUCUUUGGCUAAAGGAUGGUGUUCCUGGAGGCUGGAGAGAACCAGGGGAGUCCUGGAGUUAUGCUGGGGAAUGUUGGACAAGUAAGCUGGGCUCUGGGCUGGGCUGAUAAUGUGGUUAGAGGUGUAGUUGGAGCUGGGCUAUAAGUGCUCUUGGAACUCUAGGUUGGGCUGUUGAGAGGGAGACCCCAGGUCCACCUGACACUGGGGGAAUUACUGGGGCUCCCUGGCUUUAGUUUGCAUGGCACCCAGUUGCUAGGCCUGGAGGGAGCUGCAGGCUAAGAAGCCAUCCUGUACCAGGUUGAGCCGGUGGCUGCUUCUUUGGUUCUGAAUUUGGUUCUAAGCUCUAGUAGAGGUAUUUUCUGCAGCGUCCUCAUGCUGGAAGAAACUUCAUCCAACUCCUUCAGUUUACUGAUGAGGAAAUAAGGCUCCUGAAGAGAAUGGCUUUAGCUGAGGUCACAUAGUGAAUAAGCAGUGGGCCCUGGAGGAGGUGGUGUCAAGACAGGCUCGGUUCAAAUCCUGCCUUUACCACCUAGUGCUUUGUGAGCUGGGGCAGCAACUCAGCCUCUCUGGGCUUUAGUUUCCACAACAGUAAAAUCUAUUCAUUCAGCCCUUCUCUUGCCUAGCCUCUACCUUACCCCCGGUACUGCUCCCUCACUCUCUUACACACAUACACACACAACACAACACACACACACAGCGGCUUGGACACACAUAGCCGAUGCUGAGUCUCCCGGUCCCUCACAGGGAACAAUAGGCAGCUCUGGCCACUGAACACCACCCCCAAUUUCUGGCUCUCUCCCCCCGCCCCCAGCCAGUCUCACAUCCCCUAUUAAGCCUUCCCAGAGAGGCCCCAGCUAGAAGGCUGUCUCCCUGAGUUACCGCAUGAGGCUGUCUGAGCCCUCCUCUGAUGCUUUCCCUCUCCCAAGACAGGAGCUCCCGGAGAGUACAGUCUAGUCUGAUUCAUCUCUGAGUUCCCAGCACCCAGCUCAGGACAGGGUCCAAGGGCUAUGGCUGGGAGCGUUUGUGGGAGGAGUAAGUGAAGAAGCCCCUCCAACUCCUCCCCUUUCUCGGGAGCCCCCCCAAACCACUGAUGUGGCAGGAAGAACCCUGGAGUGGGGGCUUACAUAGACCUAGGAUGAAAACUCAGCCCAGACUCUUCCUAACUGUGGGUACGUGGGACAUGACCUCACUUCUCCAAGCCUCAGUUCCCUCUUCUAUAAGUAGCCUUUCUGGGAUGCGGAUGUGUAAGCUGAGAACUGGAAGACUUAGACAGAAAGACCUAGAGGAAGAGUCUUCUGGGCAGAGUAAGGAGCUGGUGCGAAUGGCGCAAGAUGGAGAUGAGAUUGGCAUGUUCGAGAAACAGAAAGGAAGCUAGCAUUGCUGGAGCGCAUGGAGCAAGGGGAGCGUGACUGGUGGUGGGGUGGAGACGUGGCGGGCACUGGACUGCACAGGGCUCAAAGGCCACUGAAGAGUCUGUCUUUUAAUCUAAGUGAUAUAGGAAGUAACGAGGGUCUCAAGUGGGGGGUGGUGACUUGAUCUGACUAAUACCCCAGAAGCUUCACUCUGGUCCCUGUAUGAUGAUUGCUGGAGAGUAAGAGUGGAGGCAGGGAGUCCAGUGAGGAGGCUUUGGGAAUAAUCCAGGCGAGAGUGACAGUGGCCCGGACCAGGGUGUGCCUGGGAAGGAGGUGAGAAGCGGUCGGAUACAUGAUAUAUUCUGGAUGUGGACCCCACAGGACUGGAUGUGCCAGACAUUGGCAGAGAGGGCUCAGGAUGGCCCUUGGUUCAGUUAUCUAUUGCUGAGAAAUAAACCACCCCAAAACCUAGUGGCUUAAAAUGAUAUAUUAUUUCUAAAAAUUCUGUGGUUCAGCGGGGGUCAGCUGGCUAAUUCUGCUGGUUUUGCCUGGUGUCGGUUAUGGGUCUGCAUUCAGCUGGGAGCAGCGGGGGCUCAAUUACCACGAGGGCAUUGCCUCUCUCAGGACCUCUCGUCACCUGGUCUCUUACCAUUCAGAAGUCUGCUGCACAGCUCCAUGAGUACGUGCCUCAGGAUGGCCCGUACUACGGAUCCACUGGCAAAGGAGAUCUUUAAAGGAGUUUGAGUAGCUGAACUGUGAGCAUUUUUUGGAACAUAUUUUUUGUUUGAGAAGAAGAGCACAAGCCAAGAUUUCAGGCAAACAAUGAACAAGAAAUUCCCCUUCAUCUUGGAAGUUUAUUACAAAUCCAUUGAACAUUCUGGAAUGUUACACAAUCAAGAGCAAGGUCAAGAAAAGUGGCUUAGCAGCAAAAAUUAGAAAUUUGACCAUCGAUCAAGGUUUGCCCUAUUUCAUAGUCUCAGGCAAGAUUAAAAUUCCAAAAUUGACAUGGGUGGAUUUUAGAAUAUUUAAGGUUACAUGUAAAUUCUAACUAAGCCAGAGGUUUUGUUCUUUGGACUAACUGUGAAGAAAUUGAUGGAAGGUUUGUUUAUUAUAAAUGGAGUUUUGUUCACUACUCAAAAUAAAGUGGUUCUCCUUAAAAAAAAAAAAAACUCCCCUAUGAUUCUGAAUACAUAAACCUUUCAAAAUAGAUAAAAUAGUAAAACUUCUAGUUUAAAUAUUUAUCACAUUUUUUCUUUUUCAUUAUAGUAUAUUACAAGAUAUUGAAUAUAGUACCCUGUGCUAUACAGUGGGACCUUGUUGUUUAUCUAAUUUAUCCCCCUCUCCUUUCCCCUUUGGUAACCAUAGGUUUGUUUUCUUUGUCUAUGAGUCUGUUUCUGGUUUGUAAAUAAGUUCAUUAAUAUUUAUUACAUUUUAAGUCACACAUUUAAAAUCGUA